AGCUGAAAAUCCCCUGCAUUAAUUUACUUGGAAAAAACGUUAAGUAGGUUUAAAACCGGUGUAAUUUAUAAAAAUCCACCAGUUUAUCAGAAUCAUAUGAUUCAUAAUCCCAACAAUGACGUUUUGAAUGUUCGUGUUGAUAAAACUGCGCGAACUUAACCAAGAAAUACAAGAAUUUUUUUCAAGAUAAAGUUAUAAUUUAGAGUUAUUUUUUUCUCAAAAUGACUCACUUUCAAUCGGCUUUACCCAACAGAGAUUUUCUUUGGUCCGUUUUUCAAAGGGUUGAUCGCGAUCGAAGUGGUUGGAUAAACGCAGAUGAGCUUCAAUCAGCUUUAUCAAAUGGAACUUGGUCCCCAUUUAACCCAGAAACUGUUCGAUUAAUGAUCGGAAUGUUUGAUCGACAUAAUAAAGGACAAGUAAAUUUCGAUGAUUUUGGCGCUUUGUGGAAAUACGUAACCGAUUGGCAAAAUUGUUUUCGUUCCUUCGAUCGAGACAAUUCAGGAAACAUCGAUAAAAACGAAUUAAGAACUGCUUUAACUUCAUUCGGAUAUCGGCUAUCAGAACCUUUAAUUGAUAUUUUAAUGAGAAAGUUUGAUCGACAUGGGCAUGGUACCAUUUUAUUCGAUGAUUUUAUUCAAUGUUGCAUCGUAUUAUACACUUUAACUUCUUCAUUCCGACAGUAUGAUACAGACCAAGAUGGUAUUAUUACAAUACAUUAUGAGCAAUUUCUCACCAUGGUUUUUAGUUUAAAAAUUUAAACAUUUUCGUUCUUUUUUUAUGUGGGGUUACAAUAAAUAUAUAUAUACGUAUUUUAUAUGGUUAAUAUUACGAUUUAACUCAGUUUAGAUUUUCAAAUCGUUCCAAAAGAUAUUUGAGGCUUAAAUGAUUUAAAAAUUAAAAAAAAAUUGGUGUUGGUUA